AUGAAAGAGCACUGGCGGACAUCCCACCAAUGGCUUGCCCAAGCUAUUUCUACAGCUUCUACCCAACAGCUCUUAGAGAAUUGUACGCACUCAGUCUCUUGCCAACGUCUCUAUCGCCGAGGGCCUACCUCUCACUAUUUUGCUGUGCUUAACCCCGUACGAUCAGAAUCAGCAGAGCCAGAGUCAGCAUCCUCUACUAUUGACCAGCUCUUUGACCAACUAGAAAAGCAGCACCAGGAGAUCUUUCAGCCUUCAGAUCGUACGAUUGAGACCGUGGAGCUUAAUGAGGCUACUCCAUGGCUACGUCGUACACGGUGGUCGCAGUAUCUCAAGGACCAACACCCAGAGAUACUCUCUUCGCUGACCGAGACCCCCGAGCCUGAUGCGUCCGAUCCGCUCUGGAAGAUCCACCAGGCAAUGGUCAGUAUGGCCCGUACGGCCCAGUUGAUUGCCAAGCACUGCGGCCAUCUGAUCCGGGUGGAGAUUGUUCGUACGGAGAUCGAUCAGUCCCCGCAUACUCCCCUGCAGGCCUACAUGGACCCGGAGACGAUCCUGGCCCAUAUCACCCCCUGGCAGCAGAUAGUCAGCUUCUUUGCCCGUACGCAGUAUCCCACAGAGCCCUCCCACCCGGCCUACCCCCACUAUCGCUUCAACCGCCGUCAACGGAAGGCGUGGCAGCACCUCUGGACUCUGGCCACCCGCUCUCCCUCCCCUGACCCCUAUGAGAGUGAUAAAGACCGUACGGCUCCGGCUACACCAGCUCAACCCUCGCCCUUCCACUUCCAACCUAUCGAGCGGGCCUGUCUGGACUUCUGUAUCGAGCUACUGAACCAGCGGAUUGGCGCGGACGAAUAUGAGUGUGCUCUAGUCUGUGCCCUCGCUGUGCUAGGCCGGUCCCGUACGGGCUGGCAUACUGCUGAUUCCUUCCCUCUGAUCCUGUCUAGGGUGAUCAAGCUCGCUCGGUUUCUGGUCCUGGGGCAGGCCCUCUGGCUGGAUCCCCACGCGGAGCAGAUCGUCCAACACUUCCGCGGGGAGGAGACCAGUACCGAUUUUGACCUGAUCAGCCCCCUGGAUGACCCUGAGUAUCGGUGCUCGUACGAUGAUGAGGGAUACCAGAGUCCGUCCUCACCGGCCAUCCCCUCCUCCCCCAACUCCUCCUCCCCCAACUCCUCCUCCCCGGCCCCGCUCCCAUACAGCCAGCAUCUCCGCAGCCGUACGGGUAAGACCUUUCAGGAAUGGGUCCAGUUGAUCAUGAAGAGCUUUAUGCUCCGGGGCACCAACUCCCCGUUCCAGUGGAUCUUGGAUCUUCGUACGUACGGUAUGAAGGUGAGCUUUAGUACGACCCAGCCUGGGCAUAUUGGCUGGGUGGGCACGGAUCGCCUUCUCUAUAAGCAGCUCAGCUUUACCACCGGUGACCUUCGUGGCUGGAUCCACGGGCUUGUCCAGACCUGCCAGGAUCUUCUCUCGUCCGAUCUACUCCUCCUGCCCUCAGAGGCCGAGGCUCCCCUGGUCCCCUGGGCGACGAUAAUGGACGAUCCCUCAGAGUCUAAGCCUGGAUGGAGCUUUCUCCACGACUCUCGUACGACCUGGCCGGUCUGCGGGGACCAGUGGCUGGUGAGGCGUCUUCGCUCCGACCGGGUCCUCCAGCAGCGAUUUCUGGACAUCGAUCAUGGCUGCUUCCGUACGAAUGCCAUUAAGCGAUAUCUGGCCCAGGUGAGUCUCUUUCGAGAGAAGCUCGCAGUCCUGAUCCACCUCUGUGGUGGCCAGCCAGCGCGGGCCCCGGAGAUCCUCUCCGUCCGCCAUCGCAACACCACCAAUGCCCACCGGAAUAUCUUUAUCGAGGAUGGGCAGGUGGUGAUUGCGACCCGAUACCACAAAGGCUUCCACGUCCACAACGACCCAAAGAUCAUCCAUCGAUAUCUGCCUCGGUCCGUUGGUACCUUACUCGUACGAUAUCUGUGGCUUAUUCUACCCUUGGUGGAGCGGUUCGACGCCUUGACCAGCCCUCGGGAUCAGCAGCCCACUACAGCCCGUACGGCGUUACUCUGGGGCCCCGAUCCUCUCAGUCAACGACCCUGGACCGCCGAUCGGCUUCGGGAGGUCCUCCAGCGAGAGUCCCGUCUCGGCCUCAAUGGGCAGAUAGUGAAUAUUGCCGCGUGGCGGCAUAUUGCGAUUGCCCUUAGCCGCCGAUUUCUUCGUACGAGCAGUGCUUUCCCCCAGAAUGCCAAUGAUGACGGAGAGACCGACGAGGCUGUGGACCCUGAGACCAAUCCAGAUGAGAAUUUCCAGGAUCUACAGGCCGGUCACUCCUCUCAUGUUGCGGGCCUUGCGUACGCCCGCCAGCUCCAUGAGGCCCCAGGCACAAUGGCCUAUCGCCGUACGAUAUUCCGCCAUAUCAGUCAGGACUGGCAUCACUUCCUGGGCUUCCCCCGUACGGAUCUCCCCUUGGCCCCUGAGCGUCCAAACAAGAAGCGGAAGUAUGCCCCCUGGGAGAACGAGCAGCAGGAGAAUCAGGUGACCCGCCGCUAUGAAUUUGCGAAUUGUAACCUGGAGGAAGCAUUACAGCAUUUCCUGGGUGACCCUUCCGUACGAUUCAAAGAGAAGCAGCUAGAGGUCCUCCAGGCGAUCCAGCACGGCUUCAGUCCUAUUGUGGCCGUUAUGCCCACCGGUGGGGGUAAGAGUCUUCUAUUCCAGCUUCCGGCGUGGAUCUCCAAAGGCCUGACUGUAGUGGUGGUCCCUCUGGUGGCCCUACGCAAAGAGCUUCAGAGACAUUGUACGAGCCUAGGUAUCAGCUGUACUGAAUGGGAGAGCCACCACCCCCCGGAUGAAGCCUCGAUCGUUCUGGUCACCCCCGAGUCCGCCCUGAGUGAUAUCUUUCGUACGUUCCUAAACCGCCAGGUGACCCUUCACCGUCUGGAUCGGAUCGUGAUCGAUGAAUGCCAUAUGGUCCUGAACCCUAGUGAUACCUUUCGGCCAGAGCUGGCCCAGAUCGGCCGUCUCCAGCAGAUAAAUGGCCUGGAGCAGUGGAUCCAGGAUCCACAGAUCGUACGCUUCAUCCAGGCUCGCCGACGCCACGCCCGAUCUGGCCGGGUCCUAGUCUACGCCUCUCUCGUACGACAUGUGACCCUCCUGGCAUCGCUUCUAGGCUGUGAGGCCUUCUACUCCAAGGUCGUGACCGAUAUAGCCGGGGCGCCUCGGCAGCAAGUGGACCAGGAGGGGAUCCUGGCCCGCUUCCGUCGUACGGACAAUGCAAUCCUGGUAGCGACCAGUGCUCUAGGUAUGGGCAUGGACAUCCCUGAUAUUCGGACGGUGAUCCAUAUCGGCUGGCCCUACAGUCUUCUUGACUACGCCCAGGAGACCGGCCGUGCCGGACGAGAUGGCCAACCGAGCGAGGCAAUUCUGAUCCAGCCUCGGACGAUGACCCAGCCCCCAUCGUGGGUCUAUUCAGAGAAGACCCCCCCCCGAGGAAGCCAAGAUCGUCCAGCAGUGGAGCGGACCUCUUGCCAGGAUCGUACGGUGCCCGAGCCUGCAGCAGAGAUCCCCUGUGAGAUCUGUGCCCCUGGUGAUCCGUACGAGGCUCUUUCCCCUAGGCUGAUCUCCCCGCAGAUCUCCCCACCCGCUAUAACCGCCGCCCUGCCGCCUUCCCUAGACCCUGCUGACCCCCCAGUCUUUGAUGCCCCGACCACCCCCUCUGAUGGAGAUCGACGAGAGCUACUCACCGGUCUAUCACCCAUCAAGUCCCCCCCCGUACGCCCGCCAGCCACCACCGGUCUCAACCCCCACCCGGUCUCCGUCGCCUCGAUCCUCUACCCCUCAGGCUCCAUCUACCCCAGACCCCCCCCUCGUACGGUCCCAGUCACCGCCCGCCAUAUCAUCCGGCAACAGGAUAUCUCCCGUACGACACGGACUAGCCAUAUCUACAAGGAUCGAUACACCCACACCACUACCGAGGAGGAUCUCCGACAAGAGCUAGGGCGGUGGAAUCUCCGAUGCUGGGUCUGUAUGAUCAACCAGCAGCCGGACGAGCAUGAAUUACUUUAUUGUACGAGCCCGCAGAGCACCGAGGCCCAGGCUUGGUACUCUGAAUGGCGGAGCCGGAUCCGGUUCACACCCUUCUCCUGCUGCUUUCAUUGUGGGCUUCCCGAGACGAUCUGUGACCGUCGGACAAGCCAGCGGCCCUGUGAGUAUCCGUACGUUCUUUUGCCAAUGAUGGCGAUGAUGAUGUAUGGGGUGGCGACCCAGGGUGAGAUCCAGGAGCAAAUCCAGUCGAUCCUGCAGACAUGGUAUCGAGAGCUGGGGACUGAGAUUCAUAGUGAGCAGGACCUCGUACGAUAUCUCUCCCAGAGGGCAGAUACACCACUAAAACAGAGCCGGCUCUGUGAGGCCUUUUUGUAUCUACGGCAGCAGUUUCACCGGGUCAAUCUAUAG